AUUUGUUAUGGUGCGAAAAUAUUGACGAUGUUAAUCGCAAAGAAUGGCAGGUUUGUGAUUCAAUUUAUUUACAUAAAUGGUCAUUGACAGAUAUUGAAAUGAUAUCUGUUAAUGCCCUAUUGACACCUUUGGGGAGUACAUUAGUGUCAAAUGUGGAAAAUAACUUCAGAAUGAGACAACGAUUGCAUAGUAGCGUUGAAGGUUGGAAGUGUACAAGGAUCACUCAAGUUUCAAGACCUUGGUUGAUAUGCAUUGGCGAUGGAACUAACUGGUCCGACUGA